AUGCCAAGGCAUAGUUAUAGGGGUUUGAUGGAAGGGCUAAUGGUGCCCACUAAGACCCGGAAAAGGGAAUGCUCAUCACCCUCGUCUUCAUCAUCAAGAAUUCACAAUUACAGAUUGAAUAAGCGGGCCAUUUUGGUGGGAAAGAAUCGGGUUGGGCUUGGGAUCGGGUUGGGAGGAUCCAGAUCCAGUACCCCCGUGCCCACAUGGAGAACUACUCCUCUGAGGAGCACCAUUGAGUCUCCUAGGUAUUCACAAAGUGGGAAGUCCACUCAACCUGUCUCGGCCCGGAAACUUGCAGCCACACUGUGGGGAAUGAAUGAGAUGCCUUCACCCAGAAUGAUUGAGAGUAAUUUGGAGCUACUGCAGCAGCAGAGGAAGAAUGGCAGCAGUAAAAUGAUGCUUAAGCGGGAUAAAAUGCGGUCUGGAUCGGGCUUGCUCUCAGGUUCUUUGCCGCCACAUUUGUCUGAUCCAUCUCAUAGCCCGACUAUUUCCGAGAGAAUGGAUCGUUCUGGAAAGGGUCAUCAAAGGGGGACACCAUCAAUUGUCCAGAGGCUUAGGUCUUCUGCGGAAAAUGCCGGAGAUUUUGAUUCUCUAAGCAACGGUAGUUUUAUGGAGAUUGAGACUAGGUCUCAAGCGGAGACUCCAAGGGGAUCAAUAGGUUGUGCUAAGAAUCGUCUUAAGGAUAUUAGCAAUGCUUUGACCACAUCCAAAGAGCUACUGAAAAUUAUCAACCGCAUUUGGGCUCGUGCAGAUCAACCUUCAUCUAGCAUGUCUCUUAUCUCAGCGCUUCAUGCUGAGCUUGAGAGAGCUCGUCUGCAGGUUAAUCAGCUUAUCCAAGAACAACGUUCGGACAAAAGUGAAAUUAACCAUCUCAUGAAGUGUUUUGCAGAAGAAAAGGCGGCAUGGAAAAAUAAAGAGCAGCUAGCCGUUGAGUCUGCUAUCGAGUCAAUUGCUGGUGAAUUAGAUGUAGAACGGAAGCUUAGGCGUCGAUUUGAGAACUUGAACAAGAAACUCGGAAAAGAACUAGCAGAAAUGAAAUCGUCAUUCAUGAAAGCGGUUAAAGAACUGGAAAGUGAAAAGAGAGCGAGAGAAAUAACGGAACAGGUAUGCGAUGAAUUAGCUCGGAAUGUUGAUGAAGAUAGUGUUGAAGUGAAAAGGGAGUCUACAAAAGUUCACAAAGAUGUUGGAAAGGAAAGAGAGAUGCUACGGUUAGCUAACGAAUUGUGUGAGGACAGAGUCCAGGUGAAAAACUCGUCUAAACAUCAAUUUGAAGAGAAAAGUUCUGCUAUUAACAAGUUGAAGAAACAACUGGAAGCUUUCCUCGGAUCAAAAAAAGUCAAAGAUGAAGAAAAAAAGGCAUAUUUGAGUAAGUCUCACUUUGGUUUGCAUCUGAAUGAAGAAGAAGAUGAUGGAGAAGUUGAGGAUGCUACGGAUGACAAAGAAGAUUCUGCAGAGAGUGAUCUUCAUUCAAUUGAAUUGAACAUGGAUAACAAUAAUAGAAUCUUCAAAAAGGCUUAUAACUCCAUUGCUGGAGAGUCUAGAAGAUUACCCAUUGACGAUGAAAUCAAAGGGAGGAACUCAGUCUCCGGGCAGGUUUCUAGGAAAAGCACUUCUAUUCUAAGGAGCAUGUCAGACGGAGUCGAAUGGGGUAAUGAAGCUGCCAGUAGUCGAGACGGGUUGGAUUGGGAACUCGAGAAGGAAGCUCCAAGAAGAAGUUACGUUGAUGAAACACAAAGAUACAAAUCUGUAAAAGGUCUCAAAGAUCAUGCAUUGUCUAGCUCUAGGUUAGGGCCAGUCCGAGAAUCUCCGAGUCCUACUUGGCAAAGGGAGCAACCAUGGCCUUUACGAGAUGCUUCCGGUAUCAUUCAAGAAAGACCAAUUGUCCUUCCUGGGAAUGGUUCAAAGUCGAGACUUGCAGAUGUCCGAGGGGAAGGCCAGGGUACCACCAGAAGAUUGAAGUGGUGA